AUGGAACACUCAGACUCCUUAGAAACUUGCUUUUGCCCGUCAUGUGAUGGUAAGAAGCGUGUCCCAGCGAGGACUGCCCGUGAGCACACGAGGAAAGCUGUCCAAAAAUCUCUACAGGGCCAAGUGAUAAAAGAGAAACCGCCAAUAGCCGUUCUUCUGGAGGCCGGCGAACACGACCCGAGAAACGGCCCUGUCAUCAAAAAUGGAUCUUCAACAAAAUGGACUGUGAUAGGAUUCACGGCCAAGGUUUUAGAGAUAAGGGCCAAGCAUCCUGGCGUAUCCCAGGAGUGCGUCACGGCCUACUUCUCGCUAGUUAAAAACUUGUUGGACGACCAUGGCAUCGCAAACGAGGUCCCUCGCUCGUACAAACAGGCAGUGUCAAUGGUUAGCGAUCUGCUACCGAAGUCGGAAACGUACGACGUGUGCCCCAACGACUGCAUCAUGUACCGAGGAGAACAUCGGGACGCUGAGCGGUGUCCCAUCUGCAAAGAGGGGCGAAAAGACAGCAGAGGGAAGCCAAGAAAGGAGUACCACUACUUCCCCCUGAUUCCGACGAUCAAAACGCUCUACGGGGUACCAGAGAUCGCCAGAAAACUACAGGAACACGGCAACACGCUGAAGAGUGAAGUGCCCCGUUUCGUCCGCGACAUUCAGGACACAAAGAUGUGGAAAGAGAUGUAUGCAGAAGACGGGCCUUUCAAGAUGAUGGUGGAUGAGGUGCUACAGAUGUUGACUGGGGUGGAAGUCUGGGACGCCUGGAAGAAUGAGUAUGUCACCAUCACGGCAGAUAUGGUGGCCUUCGUCUUUGACUGGCCAGGGAGAUGCAAGUGUACAUACCACCAGGGCGCAAGAGCACCAGCAGCAUGCUGUUACUGCCAACUGAAAGCAAUCUACAACAACACCCAUCGAAUGACAACCUUUGGAGGAAGCAGGCAAUUCUUGCCCAUGGACCACCCCCUUCGACUCGACACCGACCACUUCCCCGAAAAGGAGGCAGAACAUAGAGGACCACCUCCUCCUCAGGAAGAUCAGACAGCCUACGGGGCAGCGGUAGAGGAUCUAACUAAAAAGAUUAAUGAAAUGAAGGCUCAGGGAACCACUGCGGGUAUUCGGGCCCUGCAGGCAUCAAGGAAAACAAUGAUUGAAACCACGGGGAAGACAGGGAGAGAGGUCUUUGCUGAUCUUCCUACCUACAGCAUCGACCGCGUACACAUUGACUGGAUGCACACAGCUAAAAAUAUCAUCCAUAACAUCUUUGAAGUGCUAACGGGCCACAAACACAACUUCAAUGAAGUGGUCAAGAUGGAGAAAUGGAGAUUUCCCUGCAGAUCGGACACUGUAACAGGGAAUGCCAAUAAAAGAGCAAGAGAGGAAGUACAGGUGUACCAGCUGAAUCGGCAGGAGAUGGCCAUAGCAGAUGAACGACUGCAAUCGAUCAUCGUUCCUGUUGGCUAUGACUUUAAAGUGAGACCCCUGUUCAGCAAACCCCUGGGAAUGAAGACCAUUGAGUGGAUACUGUUUGCCAUAGAUGGCAUCCUUGAGUAUGCGGUGAGAGGGAUGCUCCCUGCAGAGCAGAGAACAACAAUCUUUCGACUGUGUGCAACCCUAAAAGCACUGGGAUCGCCUGUAGCAGACAUGGCAACAAUUGCAGAUCUGGAGAAGGAUGUGCAUGAGACCUUUAGUCUCGUUGAAAGAAACUUGCCCCUCGCCAUAAAGACCUUGAUGGUGCACUUGCCCCACCACAUGGCCCCCAUCAUCAAACAGUAUGGACCACUGACCAGCCUUUGGAUGAUGCCAUACGAAAGAUAUAUGCAGUUCGUACUAAGGCGUAUGACCAACAAAAGUCAUCCAACGAAAUCAGCAAGGGAAGCAUACAAGGUCCACAGUCUCUGCAACAUCCUUCAGCUUGCGGGGAAGAUGCCCACCACUGGACCUGACCCCCUAGAGGAUACCAGCGAGCUCCCUUGUGAGAAGAAUGAAGAGGACGAGGACGACGACAAGGAAGAAGGGGUUGAGGUAGAAGACGUGGAGGAGAAUGAAGUAGGAGUAGAUGUGGCCAGUGCUAAGCUGGGACACCUGAAGGGGACCAUACCCCCUUCAGAGGAGUUUGUGCUGGUAGAGACAGAUGAGCUGUACUUAAGCAGUCAUCUGUCAGAAGUAAACGCAACUUCCACAAAUGCUAGAAAAGUAGUUAAGUACCUAGCAGCUUCCUCGCGCCAUCCCAUUACAAACCGUCUGUUAGAGUAUAGGUGCGAGGAGCUGGAGACGAGAAGAAAGGCGAGGAGAAUUUCCUCUAUUGUAGGCAUAAAGCUAGGAGAUGUGCGUUACUUUGGACGAAUCCAGUACUUCCUCCUAGUUAAUGACAUGUACGAAAUGGCGUACAUCAGGUGGUAUGGAACAGGGGAGAAGGAUGGAGAAACAGGGUUGUGGAUGGUUGAAAUGGGUUCGGUGGAUUGGAUCAACCCAUUCCAGCACUUCCACAAAAUCAGCAAGCCCCUGGUUCAUGCCCUCGAGGGGAGAACCCUGUUCAUCCUUGACCUACAUUCAUAUGACCUGGCAUGAGGAAACCAUCGUAUAUCCAGUAUUGUACAAAAUUGUAUGUCCCCCGCGUUCCAGGCUUGGCGGUAUAUAAAAGACAGUCUGGUUGGGAAGAGGCCUGACAUCCCCUUCCCAUAAAAACGCCCUGUAUGUCUCCGCGUUCCAGGCUUGGCGGUAUAAAAAUGACAGUCUGGUUAGGAAGGGGUCUGACACCCCCCUCCUGUAAAAACGCCCUGUAUGUCCCCCGCGUUCCAGGCUUGGCGGUAUAAAAAUGACAGUCUGGUUAGGAAGGGGUCUGACACCCCCCUCCUGUAAAAACGCCCUGUAUGUCCCCCGCGUUCCAUGGCUUUUCUUCUUUGUACUUCACUCUUCUUGUACUGCAUUUAAAGUUUAUGCUUUGAUAUGCUGACCAGUUGUUAGAAGGGUCGAAACCUCCUUAAUGUGUAGAAUUUGUGUUUUCUGAUGAUGUUGUAAAUGAUAUUUUAGUGGCAAAAGUAAGGACUGUUGCAAUUAUUCAUCAUGUUUGUAGAUAAUAUGUUGUUACUUGCACAUGGUUAUACAGUGCAACAGUAUAGAAUGAUAUGCCUAUUGUAUUAAUUUGUACAUUGUAACUGUAUAGAUUGAUAUGCCUGUUGUUACAGUUGGAUAUACAUGUACAGUGUAACUGUAUAGAUUGAUAUGCCUGUUGUUAUUUGCACAUGGAUAUACAUGUACAGUGUAACUGUAUAGAUUGAUAUGCCCGUUGUUAUUUGCACAUGGAUAUACAAUGUGUAUAGAAUGAUAUGCCUGUUUUAUGUCGAUUACUUUAAUGUAUAAAAAAAGAAAUUCAAGAAACAAGAAAAAUGCCAAAUUAUGUGAACUGUAGUAUUGGUAUUUCAUUCCGAGCAUAGAUAUAAUACAACUCUUUCAAAACAAUCGUAUAAUGUCCUUGAAAAUGUCCUUAAAUUAUCAUGCAUGCCAGUCAUCACUUGCAAAAUGGGAAA